AUGGCGAAAAAGGAUAAGGAACAGACAUGUUUGAGUGAAGCGAACUCGCUACCUAAAUUACGACGAGUGAGUAGUGGCCAGCGAGAUGACAGCAAAGAUCCCCCUGGCUCUCCUAGGCACGGUUCUCCCGCAGCAGAGGCACACUGUGAGCCAACGCAACCUGGAAAUAUCUAUGAUCUUCUCGAAUCCAGAUUGGAGAUGGCAAGCAAAUCAAAACACAACUUGCCCGGCGCCAACCCCUGCCCCCCAGAGGCAUCAAAACUCACGACAAAAGACAUCAAGGCAUUGUUGUCUGGAGCACCUCACUUUCUUCUGGAGAAAGGCAAGCAUGGUCGAUGGUAUCCCGAGGUGAUAUUUCCUUGGGAUGAGCAGAACCCAGUAAUACAACAUAUGUGGGAUCGCAAGCCGCUGCCCCAUGCAACCUUUACUCUGAGCACACUUCAUGCUCAUCUGCCGCUGCCAGACGACUGGGCUGUCAGAGGCGGCGUUCCGACCCAAGUCCUUGACUGGCGCCGAACAGACGCUACCAAUAGGGCAACGUUUGAUAUUGGGAUCUUCGAAGUACCGAACAUGCUGUCCCAAAAUGGCAAAGAGCCUGGCACCGUCGGUUUCCGGCACUUUCUUGAAUUGCCUGUGGCUGACACGAUCCGAUACACCGGACCCGAAGCCCCAAGGAAACCUCCAUGUUUAGAACAAGUCUCUACCAUGGCGGCAAUGGAGGCGUUCGAUUUAAUGGAGGGAUAUAACAAACCGUACUCACAGUGUCAAAGUGGUGCCGUUCACGAUCGAUGUAGACUCAUCUGUGAAGGCCCCGAGGCCUGGAAGCGCAUUGGAGUUCGAGAUAUCAAUAUGCGAUCUCUAGUGCAACGUUUGGAACAUCUGCGCAAUUAUCGAUAUGAAAUGCUCAAAGAGGGAUCCAGGAAGACAAUUUUGGAUAUUGAAAGUCCGCGCGAGUUGCACGACAUUUUACAUACACAAUUCCUACAUCCUCACCCUCCACCUGCUGACAUCAUAGAGGGUCAUCCGCAAAGCGUCAAAUCUCAGAUCAAAACUUUGGCAAUCGUGCUGGCCACCCCCGGAGCAUGGAUUAAUUUCAGUCUCCCCGAAUGGCGCUUUCGGGCAGGGCAGGUCUUAUGGGAGACAUCCCAGCAUGGCGAUGGAGCCUGUCUGGAUCCCACUUCAAGUAAUGAAAAAUUGUCGCAGAAUGAUUUGGUCAGGUCUGGGAUGGAGCGAAAGUGGUUGCUGAUCCAGAUGCUUCUCUCUGCUGAGUUGCUUCUUCGCUUGGACGCGUUCGUCCGAGUUGGCAUGUUGCAUGAUCCGCAAGGUGGUCACAUCACGAUGCAUGAGCUUGCACAAUUCGAGAAAUUGCGAGAAGGCAAGCUGAACUGGGAUCUGAUCGUUGUGCGCCGGUUCCUCAACAGUCUUCAUUUCACUUGCCCGACGCCACAUUCAGGGCUAUCUCCGAGUGGCUCGACCACCAAGCCGCCUGGGAAAAGUCAUCGGUUCUCACUGCUUGAAAGCAUUAUUCGGCGUAGCUCGCUCCAUGUUGCGGAUCUACAAUCUGCCUGGGACUGCGAACUGAGUUCUUCACACGUUCGGCAGCAACUGGAGGGUCUGUAUGUCUUCGCAGAAAACAUUGGAUGGCCAAAAUUGGCUGCACUAAGAGCUACCAUGGAGCUUAAACUUGGCGAUCCAAACAAUCCAGUUCUGCCCGUCUUAGUCGUCGAUGACAGAUGGGGGCAGGAAAAAAUAUCCAAGGAGGUGUUACUGACCAAAGACGAUUUGUGUGCACGAAACCCCUGCCGCCGACGGGUCAAGCUUUGUAACUCUGGUCCACAGUCCAAACGGUUAGGUUGGAUCUCGCGCUCCUUGCUCUCUGGGUUCGUGAUACCUGGAGAUGCGAUUAGUCACCUUCUCAUGGCGACGCUGCUUGAGAACGACGUAGAUGCACUGGAUCAACUAGGCUCAAUUGCCAACCUCUAUGGAGGGUUCGUUUAUAGCGAACGGAGUUGGUGGAGCAAAGCAUGCAUUGUCGGACGUGUCUUGUCUAGUUCAAAGGGAGCUCAGACGUGCAUGGGGUGGAUCAGCAGCGACAUGAUACCCCGCGAUGAGAGCACGCGGAAAUUAUUCAAGUGUGGAUGGCUUGAACUCCAAGUUGAAGAGGUUCCGCAGAUUUCGAGUAGGCCUCGAAUCAAGCAGGGCGCCAAGCUCGCGAUUGAAUCGACACCGCUAGGCCUGGGAGACAUCACAGCAAAAGCCUUUACACUCCCAACGGAGAAUCCAGAGUCCAGUGCGACACACACUGUCACUAUCGAAGACUUGACUCUGUCAGUCAGUGAUUAUAACCCUCCCAAUAACAACGGUAUUACACCUGCUGUGGCAUCCAUGUCAUUCUCGAUCAAAGACGCGGACAGUGCAGGAGUUUCAACUACGGUUUCUUUCCCCCUCACGUAUGAUGUGCGCUUUAUCUCCGCCCAUGAAUGCUGUCCACCGUUGGGGGUCGUCUCUCACAAGCCAUCCGACCGCGAGAAAGAUGAAAUUCAGCCUACAAGACCCGUGCCCACGUACACACGUCUACCAGGCCAUCCUCUGCACAACUCUUAUCGAUACAAAAAUGUUUCGUUGGACUCCCUCCCCUCCACCCCGGCGCCGCAAUCGAACUUGUUGCAAGGCCCAGACGCAGCUCAAGUGUCGGAGAUUAUUGUCAUCGACGCACGGGGCAACCGAGACAAGGAAACAUUCGCUCGGGCAUGGUGUGCUGCUGUUGGGUGCCAUGCGAUCAUUAGUCGGUUCGGGGAAACACGUGUGACAAAUUGUGUCGCCUGUUCAAUAAGGCAAGCGAGAGCCAUUGAUGUAAUGGUUGUGAUACGUGUGAGCGAAUGA